AUGCAAUUCCGCGCAUUUGCCGUCAUCGCUGUCGCCAGCGCGCUGCUGUCCGCUGCAAAUGUCGGGGCCAACCCCACUGUCCGCAUUGUCGACACCACGCUCGCAGCCCGCAGCGCGUGCGAUGAUGCCGACGAAAUUGACAUCAAGUUCGACAUCGGUCUCGACGGUGACACGUUCGCGACGUGCAAGAAUGUCAACUGGAACACGUGGGAGGCGUCGAGUACGCCGGGAGAUUUCAACUGGUGCAGGACGGAGUGGACGAGAUGCAGCGGCACUCACCGCAGUGGGGUCUGCAACAGGGGCAGCAAGUUCUGCGAGGCCGCGCGCCAGUACUGCGCAAAGCUCGGCGGAAGCUUCUCGUGCAACUGA